AUGGCUCCCAGCGGUCUCAUAGUGAAGGGCAUAUCCAGCAGCUGGGACAAUGAACCUGAACACCUACUAACUAGUCAAGACUUUGAUAAACCCGAAGUCCAUUACGCGAUCAACCCGCAUCCAGUCUGGGGAUGGGCCCAUGGCCCUAUUCCCAACCUGGCACUGACGCAAACUCCUGUCGUUAAGCUCAUUCCUGUCAAGGUAGAGUAUGUGGCAGAGUACAGGCGUGAGGAUGAAGGUGUUAUCCGUGCUUUGGUCCGCAAGAAAGUCGUGCCAGACAUCCGUCGCGAUCCUAUCCCGCCUGUUCAGCUCAACACAUACAAUAACGUGAUGUGCGUAUAA